GGGCCUGGCAUUUUAAUGAGUAUUGCAUUUUUGGAUCCAGGAAAUAUAGAAGGUGAUCUACAAGCAGGUGCAAUAGCAGGUUACUCAUUGCUUUGGUUGCUAUUAUGGUCAACAAUAAUGGGAUUGUUGAUUCAACUUCUAUCCGCAAGAGUUGGAGUUGCAACAGGCAACCACCUAGCCGAGUUAUGUAGGGAGGAGUACCCUCCAUGGGCCAGGAUUUUACUGUGGGUCAUGGCAGAGGUAGCGGUUAUCGCUGCCGAUAUCCAGGAGGUUGUUGGUACAGCUAUAGCCAUUCAAAUAUUAACCAAUGGUGUUUUGCCUCUUUGGGCUAGUGUUGUCAUUACUGCAGCUGAUUGCUUCGUGUUUUUGUUUCUUGAGAAUUAUGGAGUAAGAAAAAUGGAAGCAGCUUUUGCAAUCAUGGUAAUGACAAUGGCUAUAUCGUUCGCGUAUAUGUUCGUUGAUGCUAAACCAAGCGGAAAGGAACUUCUAGUAGGUGUGUCGGUACCAAAACUCAACUCUAAGACAAUUCAACAAGCAGUAGGAAUAUUUGGAUGCAUCAUCACCCCGCAUAACAUAUACUUACAUUCUGCUCUUGUUCAAUCGAGGAAGGUAGAUGUGAAACAAAUUGGCCAAGUUCAAGAGGCAAUCAAUUACUAUUCCAUUGAAUCAUCAGUGGCACUUCUCAUCUCCUUCGUGAUAAACCUUUUUGUUAUGACUGUCUUUGCCAAGGGAUUUUAUGGAACAAAGAAUGCUUCUAGUGUAGGCCUUGAAAAUGCAGGGCGAUACCUUGAGGAGAAGUAUGGAGGUGGUCCUCUUCCUAUUCUUUAUAUUUGGGGUAUCGGGUUGUUAGCAGCCGGACAAAGUAGCACCAUAACUGGAACAUAUGCUGGACAAUUUAUUAUGGGAGGUUUUCUUAAUAUUCAGAUAAAUGAAUGGCUUAGGGCAGUCAUAACAAGAAGUUUUGCUAUAGUGCCUAUGAUGAUUUUAGCUAUUGUAUUUGAUAGAUCAGAUGGGGCAAUGGAUAUUAUGAAUGAAUGGCUUAAUGUGCUUCAAUCAAUUCAAAUUCCUUUCUCUCUAAUACCUCUUUUUACCAUGGUGUCAAAGGAGGAGGUGAUGGGAGUUUUCAAGAUAGGACCUACACUCGAGAAGGUGGCAUGGACAGUAUUGGCAGUUGUAAUGAUGAUUAACAUCUAUGUUUUAUUGGACUUUUUCAUUAAUACUAUCGACGGGCUAUUUCUUGGGGUUCUAUUCUGCAUUUUAUCAGCGGCAUAUAUAGGGUUUAUCAUAUAUCUUAUUUCUCGAGAUGGUUUCUUUCCAAUAACUUUGCAUAGGAGGUUGUUUGAAAGAUUUUCUUACACUUCUAAAAUUGAAAGUGCGAGAACGCCUCAUUUUUAAGAAUUAUAAAAUUUAAUUUGGCUUAAAGUGCUCAAUUCAAUUAAAGAGAGUAAAGGGAUUCACUAUCAUAUCAUCACAAACGAUUCUAUUCUUUUUGUUGAAAUCAAUAAGUUGGCAUGUCUUAUCUUCAACAAGCAUGAAAGAGAUUGCUCACGGACCGGGGUGAAUAGUUAUUGAAGGUCAAAUAUUGUAGAAAAUUCUUACUCAGUUGUUGCUUAACCAGCUGCAAUGGGGUGCUUCAUCUGAUCUGAAUCU